AUGGACAUGUCCGGCAUGUCCUCGACGGCCAGCUCCAUGGUCAUGUCCAUGGCAUCCACGGCCACAGCCACGGCCGCCACCGCGACCAGCACCGCGAAAAUGAGCAUGGGCGGCAUGGGCGGCGGCAGCUCGUGCAAGAUCUCCAUGCUCUGGAACUGGUAUACGAUCGACUCGUGCUUCAUCGCGCGCUCGUGGCACGUCCGCAGCUCAGGCGCCUUCGCCGGCUCCUGCAUCGGCGUCAUCCUGCUCGUCAUCUCGCUCGAAUUCCUGCGCCGCGCCCAGCGCGAGCUCGACCGCUACUUCCGCCGCGUCAACAGCACCUCGUCCCACCAGCCCUCCGCAGCAGCAGCAGCAGCCCAGCCUACCGGCGAAGAGUCCGGCAGCAGCGCCUCCAGCGGCAGGAGCGGGAAGGGCUUGACGGCCGCCGUCAUGGGCCGGGGUUUGGUGGAGGGCGGCAGGAUGACGACGGUGGUGGGCCCGCUGAAGUGGUGGCAGCAGCUGGUGCGGAGCGCACUGUUCAUGGUGCAGUUCGCAGUCGGGUACUUUGUCAUGCUGCUGGCCAUGUACUACAACGGCUACAUCAUCAUCUGCAUCUUCAUUGGCGCGUUCCUUGGCGCUGCCAUCUUCCAGUGGGACACGUACUACAGCGGUGCUGAGUAA